AUGCGAGCCUGUCUUGCUCUUAAAUAUGUUCCUAGGGGAUGGAGGGAAGUGAAAGUUACAUUCAUACCCAAACCAGGUAAGAGCGACUACACUGACCCUAAAUCCUACAGGCCCAUUAGCCUCACAUCCUUUCUCCUAAAGACGAUGGAGAGGAUGUGUGAAAGGGAAUUAAGGGGGUCGGCGCUAAUGAACUUACCACUACACGACAAGCAACACGCCUACAGUCUAGGCAAAUCAACAGAAUCGGCCCUUCAUAAGGUAAUUACAAAGAUUGAAGAGGCCAUCCAAAACAAAGAAAUAUGUCUAGGUUCCUUCAUAGAUAUAGAAGGUGCUUUUGACCGAACGAACUUCUCCAGCAUAAAAGGUGCACUCGGUAGACACAAAGUUGAACCGGCACUGAUCGACUGGAUAGUUUACAUGCUCAGUACACGAAUAAUAAAGAUUGCUGGUGAAUCUCAACCAAUCCAAAUUAAGAAAGGCUGCCCGCAGGGUGGGGUUCUCUCACCUCUCCUGUGGAAUAUGGUCAUUAAUGAACUCAUCAGCAAAUUAAAUGACAAUCACUUCUAUACAGUAGGUUAUGCUGAUGACCUGACAAUACUGGUCUCUGGAAAGACAGCAAGCAUAGUGUGCGACCUGACCCAAGCGGCUCUCCGUAUAGUGGAGAGAUGGUGCAGGGAACACGACUUAACUGUCAAUCCAAAUAAAACGGUUUUAGUUAUGUUCACACAAAAACGAAAGCUGAAUAACUAUCAUCCUCCAAGUCUUUUUAGCACAAAACUCCAGCUAUCCUCUGAGGUAAAAUAUUUAGGUCUUACCUUGGACAGCAAACUUAACUGGAAUAAACACAUAGAAAACAAAAUCAACAAAGCUAGUAUAACUUUCUGGCAAUGCAGAAACAUGAUUGGCAAAAGAUGGGGAUUGACGCCAAAAAUCAUACUGUGGCUUUACAAAACUGUAAUUCGGCCCAUGAUCACAUACGGCGCUCUGGUAUGGUGGACCAAGACAAAUGAAGCCACCAUAAUUAAAAAGCUUCAGCGCUACCAGAGACUGGCAUGUAUGGCUGCUACAGGCUGCAUGAGAACUACGCCAACAGCAGCCUUAGAAGCGAUGCUGGAGCUAACUCCGCUUCAUCUACAUAUACAACAAGAAGCGACUUUAGCUGCCAUCAGACUCAAGACCCUAAAUCUUUGGAGUAAGAAUAGUGUCCCUCAUACAGGCAUAAUUGAUAGAAUUCACUCAAAAAUUCCUAUCCUACAAGCCAAAUACGAUAGGAUUCCUAAACAAUUUGUUUUCGAUAAGAAAUACAAGAUACAGUUAAAUGAAAACAGCCAGCCGGAAGGAUUAAGCCCAAAAGAGCUUAGAAUUUUCACCGAUGGUUCUAAAACAAAUGAAGGUGUAGGUUGUGGAGCUUUCUCUGAAGACCUCAAUAUUCACAUAUGCACACCGCUGGGUACCUAUAACACGGUCUUUCAGGCGGAAUGUAUGGGUAUCAUUCAAGCGGCCAUAGCAAUAGAUGCUAGGAAGGUUAAUGACUUCCCCAUCAGAAUACUGACCGACAGUAGGGCGGUACUCCAAGCCCUGAGAGGCAAUGUGGUGAACUCGGGACUAAUAUAUGAAUGCCAUCAACGAUUAAAUGAGGUAUGUAAAAACAACAAUGUGACCCUGCAAUGGAUAAAGGGACACAGUGGAUCCAGAGGCAACGAUGCAGCAGACGAACUUGCCAGAAGAGGAUCGGCUUUGGCCACUAUAGGGCCGGAACCAAUCAUACCAAUCCCCUUUGGUAACGUUUGUUCACUGGUACGUAGACACUUUACUAAUCAACACGCUCAGCUUUGGAAAAAUCUAGUAGACUGUAGACAAGCUAGGGAUGCCCUGCCUGAAAUUAACAGUCGCUUAACAAAAGUUUUAAUGAGACUGAACAAGCCGCAGAUUAGGAUAGUAACAAGUGCUAUCACAGGACACGGCACCUUUAACAAACAUUUAUUUACUAUAGGUGUUACAGAUAGUCCCCUGUGCAGGGCAUGUAUGGGGGAGGAAGAAACGGCGGCCCACGUGCUACUGAAAUGUCCGGAGGUCGCUACAUACAGGGCUAAACAUCUCGGCACGCCGGGAUCACUCCCCGAAGUUGCAUGCAACAUCAAGGGCCUGUUGAGCUUCUUCGGAGAGAUCUCAUGGCUCGAAUAA